AUGAACAAAGAGAGGUGUGCCAGCAGGGACCAGUGGCAGCAGUGCUCCUAUAGUCCUAUAGGAGGGGCUGCUGGGCUUGGAAGGGGCUGGUCGCAACCACUACAGCAGCAGCAGCAGCAGCAGCAGCAGCAGCAGCAAAAUGGCAGUGGGUGGCAGGCCAUGCUGCAGUGCACGAGGGCUAUAGGCUUGAAAGAGAGGUGGGAAAGUGUGGACCUGGGGGAGAUCAUGUUUUCCCUUUGUUACCUGCCAACUGCAGGUCGCCUCACUUUAACAGUCAUUAAGUGCAGGAAUCUCAAAGCGAUGGACAUAACUGGUUACUCAGAUCCUUACGUCAAGGUGUCCUUGCUCUGUGAUGGAAGGAGGCUGAAGAAGAAGAAAACCACCAUUAAAAGAAACACACUUAAUCCUAACUACAAUGAGGCAAUAAUCUUUGAUAUCCCUCCAGAGAACAUGGACCAAGUCAGCCUGCUUAUCUCUGUUAUGGAUUACGACCGAGUUGGCCAUAAUGAGAUUAUUGGGGUUUGCCGUGUAGCAAACAAUGCUGAGGGACUAGGCCGAGACCACUGGAACGAAAUGCUGGCUUACCCACGGAAACCAAUUGCACACUGGCACCCACUAGUAGAAGUGAAGAAAUCCUUCAAGGAGUGGCAUGGCCGAGCCGCCAGCUUUGACAGCCAGGGCUCCUGUCCCUCUCCCAAACCGCCUUCAACACCAUGAUGCAUCGAGUGGUGAAUUCAAUGGGACUCAACCAAGUUCUUUUUCGAUUCAUUUCCAUUUGAUUCUUUGCCACUUGUCUGGAAUUCCACAGCAAUUCUAUGGCUGAAUGGAAGAAGAAGUGGACAUUAGACAGUGAGGGCACUUGUUCCCACAAUGACAAAGGCAGCAAAACUGUUCUGUGGUCAUAUUUGUCUUAGUUAUUUAUGUCUCUCAAGGUGAUGUUCUGUGUGGUUUUCACUUUUUGGACAUGGCUGCCUGGGACGGGGGGAAAGUUGGAGGAGUGUGACGUAGGCCGGAACACCGGCCUGUAAAAUAACCUGUAAAAUAGCUAUUCGUGUGUGUCUGGAGGUGGACAAAUAGUAGAGAAGCACUGACAUUCUGCAGAUAACCAUGCAGAUUUAAGAAAAGAAAUGGAGGGGGAUGAGACUAACAAGUGAAAAGGCCUUGAUUAGACUCCUUGUGACAUGUGAACAACCCUUGUUAUUGUGAUCAGCGGUACAUUACAAAAAAAUUCUUACUCAUACUGUGAUGUUCAUGGAGUCUGUGCUGUGUGUGACCCAGCCUGCCCUUUGAUGUGUUUUACAGAGUUACAAAUUCCUCAGGGAAAAAAAUAACACUUUUUCUGUAUUUAUGUUCUCCGGAGAACCUUUUGCAUGAGCUCAGUUGCUUAAGGUGCAGCUCAUUCUUGCUGCAAUUUAGAGCUGGUCCCAGCUUUGCAAUUUUUAACAAAAGCUCUAUCUCCUCCUCUCUCUUUUUUUAAAAGAUCUAUUUAGAUCUAUUUCACACACUUAUUUCUUCUUCUUGAGAGUAGUGAAAACAGCUAUAUUUGUUGAGACUGUGAUUUGCAAAACUAUUUUGUCUAGCAAGUCUUUUCUAGAAGCAUUUUGAUUUUGUCCGUCAUAUACUUAAAAAGGAUGAAUCAUUUGCCAAAAUUACUGAAAGCUGCAACAUUUUGAGUAUUUUUUAAAUUAACUU